CCCAUGUGCCUCCAACGAUAAUCUGACGACCAUUCUUUAUAGAGCCUGAAAUCAUGUUUCAGCCUGUAACACUUGAGGGCGCCAAAACCUUGAUCAUACAGACCUGAAUCAAUGAUGGAGGCUUACCAAUCAUCCCAUUGGUACCUAGCAGAAAGCUAUUAUUGAUACCUCAACAUUUUAUUAUAAAGAAAAAAAUCCGCCAAGGUGCCCACAAGGUCUGGAAGUAUAUUUUUUCAUAAAGUACUAGGGUUAUAUCCCGCCAUUAGGAUAAUUCCUGAGCUGAAGCAAAUGUCAUAAAACCAUCAGAAAAAAAACAACAGUGUCAUUCAGAAACAGGCCUACUGUGUUGUACAGUUCAGUAACCAUUUAAUGUGAUUAAAACACCGUGUAUUUCUCUUCAGUCAGCUCUAAAUGUUUAACGCUUUCUAACGUGAGCACCCACAGCAGUAAAACACCAACAUUGAAGAUCACUUAGCCAAUGAUCCCAGCUAGGCCGCAUUUAUUGUUGUCUCAUCCUAACUAUGGCUCUCAUCCCGCCCAAAAGUGGCCGCGCUGAUGACGGAUGGCCACUGAAUCCAAUGAAAUAGCUGUAUGCUGCCGGCUCGGGAGAACACAGACCAAUCAGCUCCUGGAACCGUACGAGGGGCACGCAUUCUACGCUUUCUCUGGCAAGAAUGUUAGUUCCUGCUCUUCCCUGGCCGUUUCCUGUAAUCGUACAGUGUUGUGAGACGGAGAAAGCCAUGUGUGUCGAUGCAAAGCUUUUUACCUAAAAGUUGAGAAGAACUGGACUGCGACUAUUGAUCUUCCUUCUUCGGAGUCUUUUCCCGCUCCACCCGUCUCCCUGUGUGGAGAGGGCAACAUGGCAGACCCCAUCAUGGACCUCUUUGAGGACACCCCUCUGUUUAACCUUGAUGCCCUGCCGGACGGUUCAUUCACUCAGGGCUCCUCGGACCCCGUAGAGGAGGCUCUUAAGCUGGCUUUGGGCCAAGUGGACCCACCAACCGAGGCUGAUCUCAUGGACAACACGGGCCUCUGUGUUUCUGUAGCAGCUCCUUCCAACCUGGACCCCGCCCCCGUUCAAGUCCUCACACAGCAGCCGGUGGCGACUGCUCAGACUAUUUCCAUAUCUGCAGCUCCCACUGUAGUCCCUGCUCCUGCCGUGGUAGAAACUGUACCUCAGAUCCAGACCCAGACCACCAUACCCAUUGUCAGCAGCACCAACGUGGCCACCAGUAGCACGGUCCUGCUGCGCUCACCUCUGACCAGCUCCCCGGUCAUCACCACCACUGCCAACACGCAGCAGCUCACGCAGAUAACUCACCAGCUCACUCCGCAGCAGUUAGCUGCCAUCACACAGCAGGCCGGCGGUAAAAUUGUCAUUCUCAAAGGGCCACAGGGUCAAGCCCAGGUGCUGCAGACUGUUUCAGGAGCCACAGGGCAGACCACUGGAAAGGUCAUCCGUGUGUUGUCCGGCACUCAAUUUAAACCUGGCAUGAACAUACUGCAGGGCGGGACAGUUUUGAAUCAGGCGGGCCAGGGACAGGCUCAAGUCAAGGUGGGCACUGCGGGGGUGCAGAGGCUGCUGCAGUCUCCUAACGGGCCAGUGAAACAGAUGGUGCUGACCACCAUGCCCCAGCAGACGCAGGGCCAGACAGUCCAAGUAAACUCCCAAGGCCAGGUGCAGCUGCAGCCAGCCAUGCAGGCCCAAAUGCAGGGUGGCGAACAGAAGAGGAUCACCCUGGUUCUCCAGCAGCCAUCCCAGGGAAUGGGAGCGGGUCAAGGCCAGCAGCAGAUCACACAGGUCCAGCAGGGGGGGACUAGACUGGUGCUGGGGCAGCUCCCCGGGGGCAAACUGGUGCUUCAGGGAAGCCAGCUAGCGGCCCUGACCCAGGCCCGGGCUGCAGGCCAGGCUGGAGGCCAGCCCAAAGUCCUCACCAUUCAGCUGCAGGUGCAGCAGCAGCCCAACCAGCAAGGAGGAAUUAAGUACCAGCUGGUCUCAGGAACGGGAACUCCCGGCGGCCCACAGGUGCUGCAGAUCACGCAGGGCCAAGGAGGACAGAGAGUUGCAGUGCCGCUCAAAAUGCUUCUGCAGCCACAGACAAGCGCGACAACCUCGCUCGGCGGCACCGUCUCCGUGGUGAAGGUCAUCAACACGUCGGCAGCAGGCCCCUCCAACACGACCACCACGCCGUCCCAGGCCAUCCGCAUCACAAAGGCUCCUGGAGAGCCGACCUCUGUGCGGCGAGUGGAGAUCCUGUGCAAGCAGGAGAAAGCAAACCGCAUCGUGGCUGAAGCUAUAGCCCGGGCGAAGGCGCGCGGCGAGAAGAACCUGCCCAGAGUCCUGAACCAGGACGAGCUCCCGGCCACGCAGACCUCCCCAGAGUUGGGGGGCACCGUCACCGUGGUGUCUACUGCAAAGAAAAAGAGUGGCGGAGGAGGUAGCAAAAAGAAAAGUCCUGUAGCUGGAGGAGCAACGCCCAAAAGCUCAGGAGGGGACAAAAAGGGCAAAGCGAAGACGCCAGGAGGAGCAACAGGAGCGCCUGGAGGCACAGUGAUACCUGGGUCUGGGAACAAGAGCAAAAGCAAGACUAAGACAAACACUAUUACUCUAGUGGGAGCAAAGAAAAGGAAGAGGACUGGAUCCUCAGACCACUCUGAUGGGGAGUUGAGUCCUGCCUCACCUACUACGCUGGAUGAUGACCUCAUUACGGUACAAACUCAUACAAAGCCACAUGGCAAAAAGGGAGAUCUGUUCACCAGCGGUCCGGUCUGUGCCACAGUGACUCCGGACCGCACAGUUACUGUUAACGAACGCACCGUAGAACUCAGGGUCGUCAAGGGCGAUGUCGUUCCGGUUCUCAGAGGCCACGAAGCUGGCCUUGGAGAACGUGGAGCCCUUGCCCUCGUUCUCGAUGGUGAUGGUGGUGGCUCUUCGCUGCAGGAUCUGGUCGAUGUCCUCCUCGCAGAAGCGAUUGCCUUCAUCGUUCUCGUCCAUGAUGGCGGCGACGGCACGGUCCAGCCCGAGCUUCAGACUGGCUUUAUCCAACAUUUCCCUCUCAUAGGAGUUCCUAGUGAUCAGACGUCCUCCAGAAUGUCCAAGCAGCGCACCAUCUGGGAGAAGAUGAGCACCUUGUGGCCGCCGGCCUUGAGGCGAGGCAGCAGCUUGUCCAGUAGCACCAGCUUGCCGGCCGAGCGAAUCAGAGCCUGCAAAUGGAAGUCGGAGGCCAUGGGGUCGUACACCUGCCGCAACUCCUACAUCUCGUACUGCUGGAUCAUCUGUCGGCUGGCCAGGCUGCCGUGGUACACGAUGGCGUUCAUGUCGGUCCAUGUGACAAACUCCCUCUCCCAGUUGGUGAUGGUGGAGAGUGGAGCGAUGAUCAGGAAAGGGCCGGUGACGCCGGCAUCGUACUCCUCCGACAGUAGCGCGAUGGACUGGAUGGUCUUCCCCAGACCCAUCUCGUCUGCCAGGAUACAGUUCUGCCUGAGAGACAAGACACAGGGAGUCAUUAGUGACGUGUUGGGAGAAGCAAUUGACAAGCAUUAUGCAAACCUGAACUGCAUGCUGGGCUGUCCGUCGGCGUCCAGCUCCAGCUCCUGUUUGAGCUGCGCGGCUGACCCGCCGCUGAUGGAGGCCACAGCUGCUGCGGUCGUAGUAACGUCUACAUCCUCCUGCUCGUCCUCAUCGUCCGUUAUCUUGAUGUCCAGGUCCUCUGUGUACUUCUUCCUUUUCACCACGCGAUUGGAGCGCCUCUGCUGGCCGGAAGACAAACGUGUAAACACCCUCGUGAUCGACACUCCAAGAGUCCGCAAGCAGACCCGCCAGUUCUCCAGUUUACGAGGUGAAGGUGGAGACCUGUCCGAUGACAGCGACGAUGAAUAUCCGCCUGCCAACUCCAGACAGUCGCGGGCCUCCCGGCGCUCCGACCGCCACAGUGGAACUGGCUACGGACGCACAGACUGUUUCCGGGUGGAGAAGCACCUGCUCGUCUAUGGUUGGGGUCGCUGGAAGGACAUCUUGUCCCACGCCAGAUGUAAGCGGCGUCUGAGUGAACGUGACGUGGAGACGAUCUGCCGCGUCAUCCUGGUGUUCUGUCUGCUCCACUAUCGGGGAGAUGAGAACAUCAAGAGUUUCAUCUGGGAGCUCAUCACACCACCGGAGAACGGGCGUGAACCCCAAACACUUCUCAACCACUCUGGCCUGUCUAUCCCUGUUCCAAGAGGCAGGAAGGGUAAGAGGGUAAAGGCCCAGAGCACAUUUGAUAUUCAGAAGGUGGAGUGGAUCCGCAAGUUCAACCCUGACACCCUGCUACUGGACGACAGCUACCGCAAGCACCUCAAGCACCAGUGCAACAAGGUGCUGCUGAGGGUGCGGAUGCUCUACUACCUGAAACAGGAGGUGAUUGGAGAACAUUCAGACGCCGUCCUGAAAGGGGCUGACAUCAGGGAUGUUGACAUCUGGAUGCCUGAGAUGGAGCAGCAGGAGUUCCCCGCAGGAUGGUGGGACACUGAGGCAGACCGCUCACUGCUUGUUGGCGUAUUCAAACAUGGUUACGAGAUGUACACCACUAUGCGUGCUGAUCCCUGCCUCAGCUUCCUGGAGAGAGCCGGUCGGCCCGACGACAAGGCCAUCGAUGCUGAGCAGCACACUGGUGACGCCGAGCUGGGAGAUGAUGCUGAUUUUGAUAAAUACUCAGAGGACCCGGAGUUCAAGCCUGCGUCAAGACACGCCAAAGAUCUGUUUGACGAGACUGACUCCAUGAACGUGGACGAUGAGAUUACUGUGGAAGACAAGGUGGGCCCGGUGAUCACGGAGAGCUUUUCCAGCGUUAGCGGUGCGUGCGACUGGCCCUCCAGCUCUUCGCUGACGGCGCGCAUGCGGCGGCUGAUCACGGCGUACCAACGCAGCUACAGGCAGGUGCAGCUGAAGAUCGAAGCGGAGGCGAAGGGCGACCGCAGGCGCAGGCGCUGCGAACAGGCCAGCAAGCUGAAGGAGAUCGCACGGCAGGAGCGCCAGCAGAGGUGGACGCGUAGGGAAGAAUGCGACUUCUACCGCGUGGUUUCCACUUUCGCAGUGCAAAAGUUUAAAAAGGAGCCAGGACUUCCUGAGGCAGGAGAGCCUGAGUUUGACUGGAACCGCUUCCGUACCUUUGCUCGUCUGGACAAGAAAACAGACGAGAGCCUCAGUCGAUAUUUCCGCUCUUUUGUCGCUAUGUGCCGGAGAGUUUGCCACCUGCGCACUGGCCGCGAAGAUGUAGUCGAGCAUCCCCAGAAUGUGGCCCCCAUCACUGAGGAGCGUGCUUCCCGUACCCUUUACCGCAUCAGCCUGCUGCGUCGCCUCCGUGAGCGAGUCCUGCCGCAUCCACUGCUGGCGGAGCGUCUUUCUCUGGCUCCGAACACCUCCGAGCUGCCCGCCUGGUGGAAUAUUCCCGAACACGACCAUCAGCUGAUGCUCGGGUCGUCCCUGCACGGCGUCAGCCGCACCGAGCUCUCCAUCUUCCCAGACCCUCAGUUCUCCUUCAACCAGGCUCGGGAUGAGUUUGUCCUGACCCAGCAGUCUGCUCCACCUCCGCCUAUCAUGCCCAUCAUGCCCAACAUCCUGCCAAAGGUGGAGGAGGACAUGCCUGUUGUGAAAGAGGAGCCGGCUUACGAGGACUCCCUGCUGCUUGGAGGAGAAAUCAGUGCCGUCCUGCAGAGCACGCCCAGAAGUCAUCAUGAUGGCAAGGAGCGAGGGCAGGGCUGGAACAUCAAGAGGAGCAAGGGGAGGGUUGGGAAAUCAGGAGAGAGGAAGGGGGAGGGAGGCUCGGAUUCCGAUUCUGACUCUGAUUCAGGCUCGUCGUCGUCUGGGCGAUCAGGCAGCAGCGAUGAGAGUGGAGAGAGUGAUGAAGAAAGAGCACGCAUGAAGAUGUGUGACGUGGACGGAGACAACAGUUUACUCUCUAUGAGCACAUCUCAGGACGGCCUUCUUCCCCCCGAUCCUCUCAGAGUGGAUUGGCCCAAGGACCGCGUGUUGAUCAACCGCCUGGACAGUUUGUGUACGCUGACGCUGAGCGGUCAGUGGCCCACGGGGCGGCGCUACCUGCCUGAGGCUCAGCUCGCCCCGAGCUCAGAGCUGGGGGGAGACGAGAUGGCGUUCACGAGGUUGAACCGAAAACCCGGCGGCACACCAGGGGCCCCCGGGGAGGAGGGUGAAGAUGGGGAGUUCACCGUCAAGCUCCUUAAGGAGGAGGGGCUGAAGCUGACCUUCUCUAAGCACGCCAUGAUGCCCAACGGAUCAGGGGGAGAGGGAAGUGCCCGCAAGAAGCGCAAGGACCAAGACUUAUCAGACCCAGAUGGACUCAAUGAUCCUCUGGAGAAAACUCCUCGGCGCAGGGACCCCCCCACCUGGUUGAAGGAGAACCCAGAUUAUGAGGUGGAGGGAGACAUGUUGGAGCUUCUUGAGAACAGGAGCAAGAGGAAGAGGAGGAGGAGGGCAGACAAAGCCCUGACAGGCAGUGAGAAGGUCAAAGUCAUUAACAUGCGGACAGGAAAAAAGGUUGGAGCUGCUUUCUGUCCGAUGCUGCAAGACCUGAAGGAAUACCUGCAGGAGAACCCUGACAACGCUGUAGCAGCCGACUGGUCUGAGACUGUUCGGAGCUCUGUACGUACUAAAGAUGUUAUUACGAGCAUCAGAGCCGGUGACACCAGCAGAAUAAAUAAACUGAUCAGGAAAGCUGGCUCUGUCAUCGGCAUCAAGCUGGACACCUUUGAAGCUGUGGUGGAGAGGAGGACACUGAACAGGCUGUUGUCCAUCAUGGAUAACCCCACCCAUGAUCUCCACCUGCAGCUGGACAGUUAA